UCUUUAUCUUUAACUUCUAAUAAUUACUUAUACUUUGAUAUUAAUUUAUUCAUCAGGCUACAGGUGUAAUGCACUGCACACACAGAUGUACAUGCUGGAAGGACUUUCUCGAUGGAACUUGAACAGAGGACGUGAUCGGGUGGACAUGGGGAGCACAUCAGGGACAUCAAUGUUUGAUGUGCGUUUGAUGUCUGGCAUUAACAGCUCCAGCAUGAAAGUCUUGGGGACUAAACUGAUCGAAGAGUUCACUCCUCCUGGAAAAUCCACAGGUGAGCGUAUAGCUGUCGAAUAUCUGCUCGCCCAGUCUGGCAAGGGAGACCUUCAAUCUGAGGCACAGCUAGACGAGGAGUUUGGAAUCGAGGAGGUCAACGAGGAAGAGACAAUUGAUGCCACUGUGUGCCAAUCAGCUGACGUUAACGUACCAGAUAGAUCGCCUACACUGGAGGCAGAGGGGGGCUCAACAGAUGAGGAUUCAUCUGCACAACAAAUACCACCAGCCAUUCAGUUUCCGUCCAGCGACAUUGACAGUGAUCCCUCAUCACCACGCGCCACUCCUGACAGCCGAUGUGAUGCGCGAGGUAUCCCAGGGUGGGAGGCAGUUGACAGACUGGCUGGCUACCUUGUCACUCUCAAUCGCACCAUUACUGCAUUGUCAACCACAGAGGCUGCUGAGAUUGUGCGACUGUAUUCAAAGCUGGACCAACUGGACAAGUCAGCAACUAAAUACAGCAUGAAAACCAAGAAGAAGCAGCUGACAGGACGAUGGAGAGCCCCCAAAAAACGAAGUGGAUCAGCUCCUGGUCAGCAGGCAGCGGAGAGGUUAUACAUGACUCAUGGCCAGGCAGCACAGCGACCCGACACCAACCGAGUCUCUGAGUGCGUCUGUCUACGUCUUUACAAGGAGUUCUGCCAAGUGCGAAACAGGCCGAAGGACUUCGAGGGCAAGACACUUCCCAUUCCGCAGACUAUCGUCCAGACCUACUCCCAUAUCCAGCAGCUGCUAGUGGACAGCACAGACAUCCGAGAGCAGACCAACUUGGUGAUGGUCACCAUCAGCAACACAACAGUUUCUACGUGGUGAGAUAACUUUGUUGUAAUACAUGUAAUAUAGGGAACCUACAUAGUAUGUGAACACGGCCCAAUUUCAUAACAUUUGUGAGCACAAAACAGUGUUAUAUAAACACAGACAAAUCUAAAUUAGCAGCAGCUAACUAGGUACAAUUUUGUAAAGUUUGCAUUGUCAUGACUGAUCCUCCUGUUCAAUGUUUGCUUUGAAAAGAAAUUUGCU